GAUACCACGAGUUCUUCACAAUUGGCUUCUUCCCCGAUUGCUCACAACAUCACAUCGUUUCGUCUGAACCCUAGAAAUUGUCUCUGCUCUCUGAAUCUCCGAUCCACCACCACCAAUGGCGGAGCCUCUCGACAUGAGCUUAGAUGAUAUCAUUAAGAACAACAAGAAAUCCGGAUCCUCAAACUUCAGAGGUCGUGGCGGAGCUUCUUCUGGACCAGGUCCUUCUCGCCGUUUUCGCAAUCGUGGUCUUAACAGAGCAGCGCCUUAUUCUAAUGCCAAGGCGCCCGAGACGGCUUGGUCACACGACAUGUUUGUAGAUCAUGGUGCGGCAUAUCCUUCACAGCCUCCACGGGCCUCUGCUAUUGAAACUGGCACCAAGCUUUAUGUUUCUAAUUUGGAUUAUGGUGUCUCAAAUGAGGAUAUCAAGGAACUGUUUUCUGAAGUUGGUGAUCUCAAACGGUAUUCUAUCAAUUACGAUAAAAGUGGGAGAUCAAAGGGAACAGCGGAAAUUGUUUUUUCACGACAAUCAGAUGCUCUUGCUGCUAUAAAGAGAUAUAACAAUGUUCAGCUAGAUGGGAAACCCAUGAAGUUGGAGAUUGUAGGAACUAACAUCGUCACACCUGCUGUGCCUGCUUCGUCUAAUGCCGGUUUUGGGAAUCCAAAUGGAUUUCCGAGAGGUGGACGUGCACUGGGCCGAAACCGGGGUGGUGGACGAGGACGUGGUCCUGGAAGAGGAGGCCGUGGACGAGGGAGUGGAAGUGGUAGAGGUCGUGGUGAGAAGUUAUCAGCCGAAGAUCUAGAUGCUGAUUUGGAGAAGUACCAUGAAGAAGCAAUGCAGAUCAAUUAAAUCAUUUGGUGUCAUUUUCUGGGGCUUGAUAUCCCUAACUUUGUUAGGUGCUUGAUGAAAAAUGUGACAAGGACACGGUUUUCUAUUUUGCGAGUCAUAUCAUGAAGCCCUGACCUUGAGAGAACUGCUAGACCUUGCUAGGAUGUGGAGUUUGGGCUUGAAUUGUUGUUUGUUGCAGUAAACUAUAAAGAGGUGUUCAUAUAUGCUUGAGUUUGUAAUCUCCAGUUACUUAUCUAUUUUAAUCUGCACCAAUCCUCUUUAUUUUCCAUGAAAGUUGCACUGGAACUGGGAAAGUCCUCACACUCCUUGUCUACAUGGAAGGAUUUGGGUGCAUGACAUGGGAAGUAUUGGUCCCAACAAAAUCGACCACAUCUUCUGGUGUUGAGGCCAAAGUUCUGUUACCAACUGUUGGCAUGGAGAGGGAGGGAGGGGUGUGGAGAUGAUUACCAACUGUUCAGGAGUUGGCAUUGACUUUUGAGGCCCCUGAACCAUAGAGUUAGAAUUGGUAUGCAGUUAGAAAUCAGUGGUGCUUUUACCUUUACUUCAGUAUUGUGUAUGCCUUUUACUUUCCUGUGGUUGUAGUAUGACAACUAAUAUAGGCUGCAGUCUUGUUUCUUCCGCUAAUUUUGUUUGAGAAUAUUCCAGAAUUUUUCUUUCAAUAAAUAGAAAGCAACGCAUAUACCAUACAGUAAUUUUGGCGUUUUGAACUUUUGAGUCUCUUUUCUGUUUUUCAUGUUAAUUUAUUUUAGCUUUAAAAUCCUUAGAAACCCUACAAGUAGAGGAACUAUGAUACUGUCAUUGGACUCCAAGGGUAGAAACUCUAUUGCAGUAUUGGUCGGUCAGAGUAGGAGGACCAACACUGAAGCUGGGUAUAAUUAGUUGUUCUUAUCAAAGAAAAAAAAACAUUGAAACUAGAUAUAAUUUAGAUUUUACGGAACUUAUCAAUUUUAGUUCUUAGAUUUUGUUUCUAUAUUAUUGUUAUCAUUCAGAUUUGUAACUUUUUACUUAUGUUUCACAUUUAGUUUCCACUUUCCACAUUCGUUGAAGAAAUGUAGAUGAUUGAACUGUAAGGCCCCCUAUUAUACAUACAUAUAAAAGAAGGGGUAAAAGGAGUAUUUGGGAGGAAAUAUUCGUAGUGUUAGUUUGGCUGGUGGGGACCACAGGAGUGGAGUUCAUUGGGAAGGUGGGGAUCGUGAAGAAUGACAGGUUUAAGAAGGGUUUCUGCAUACCGCGAGGGACAUCGUGAUUGUAACCAAACUUGGCUUAUGGGGAGAGGAUUUCCAGCCCUUUAGAAAGUCCUGGUUCGCUUUAGUUCAUUUCGAUAUUUCCUUAUUGUUCUUCUUGCUAAAUUCUACUGUAUUUUCCCUUGAGUAUAUAAAUAAACACAUCAGAGCAUUGCUCUGUUCUUGGGAGUGUGUUUGUUGGGAAUUUCUGCUUGCAGGGUUGGAGGAUUCCUAACAUGAACAUUACCAGAGUCGUAUUCUAUUCAAUUGAAAGAUCAAGUAUGAACUUCAGUCCCUAUGUCAA